AUGAAGAAAGAUACGGCAGAAGAUACACCCCGUCCAUUCAAAUUAGCGCAUCAAAUUCUCAGCCUGACUGGUAUCAGCUUUGAGCGCAAAAGUAUCAUCGGCUUUGUGGAGCUGCUGAUUGUCCCGACGAGCGAUUUUUUACCGGUGAUACGGUUAAACUGUCGCCAGUGUCGCAUCUACCGUGUUAUUCUUGACGACAGCUAUGAGGCCGAUAUCCAUUACUUCGAUCCGUUUCAGGACAUUUGUCAGGGCGAGACGAAGAACAAGUCGCUGGAGUUCUUCUCCAAAUCUCACCUGGAUGUUGCCCGACACUCAGACGCAGACCACAACAAGGGAGAGCUUGUGAUUGUGGUGCCACAGGAAGCGAAGCAUCUGAUUUCCGAGGGUCGCGGCAUUCGGAUCGGAAUUGAGUUUUCGCUCGAAGAUCCACCAGGCGGUGUUCAUUUCGUCAUUCCCGAGGGCGAGGGAACGAUGGAAGAACGAGCGGCACACAUGUUUACGUACGGACAUGAGAACUCAUCGCGCAUGUGGUUCCCGUGCAUCGACAGCUACGCGGAACCGUGCACGUGGAAGCUUGAGUUCACGGUGGACAAAUCCAUGACGGCGGUAUCGUGCGGCGAGCUGGUCGAGGUGGUAAUGACGCCGGAUUUACAGCGCAAAACGUAUCACUACGUUGUGUCGGUGCCAGUGUGCGCACCAAACAUUGCGUUGGCCGUUGGUCCGUUUGAAAUCUUUGUCGAUCCCCACAUGCACGAGGUGACACACUUCUGUUUGCCUCAGCUAUUGCCGUUACUGAAGAACACGGUGCGCUUUCUGCACGAAGCGUUCGAGUUCUACGAGGAAGCACUAUCGACGAGGUAUCCGUUCUCCUGCUACAAGCAAGUAUUCGUGGACGAAAUCGACAAUGAAUGUAAUGCGUACGCUACGAUGACGAUUUUGUCGACGCAUCUACUGCAUUCGAUCGCUAUCAUCGAUCAGACAUUUCACUCGCGCAAGGUUAUGUCGAAAGCGAUCGCCGAACAAUUCUUCGGUUGUUUUAUCACGAUGGAAAACUGGUCGGAUGCGUGGUUGGCUCGCGGCAUUGCCGAGUAUCUGUGUGGAUUGAAUUCGAAAAAGUGUUUCGGUAACAAUGCGUACCGCAGCUGGAUCCGGGACGAACUGGACGAGGUGGUACGGUACGAAGAAAAGUACGGCGGAAUCAUACUGGACUGCAGUCAACCACCGGCGCCACCAGCCGUGUCGAGCAUCAACAACUCACCGGCCGCUCCGCAGAAGGCGUACAAUGACAAUCCGUUUUACUUCCCCAUCAAGAACCUGCACACCAUGUCACCGAAGUACAUUGAGAUGAUGCGCAAGAAAUCGCACUUGGUCAUUCGCAUGCUGGAGCACCGCAUUGGGCAGGAAUUGCUGCUGCAGGUGUUUAACAAACAGCUCGCCCUGGCUUCGAAUGCGGCCGGAACAAAGAUCGGGAGUGGACUGUGGGGCCACCUGUUGAUUUCGACGAACGUGUUCACGAAAGCGAUCUUCACCGUCACCGGUAAGGACAUGGCAGUGUUUAUCGAUCAGUGGGUGCGUACCGGAGGUCAUGCCAAGUUUACGAUGACGUCCGUGUUCAACUCGAAGCGUAACACGAUCGAGCUGGAAAUUCGGCAGGAUUGUGUAAAUCAGCGUGGCGUACGGAAAUACGUUGGACCACUGUUGAUUCAACUCCAGGAACUCGAUGGUACGUUUAAACACACGCUUCAGAUCGAGAACAUUAUCGUAAAGUCGGAUAUUACGUGCCACUCGAAGAGUCGACGUAAUAAGAAGAAAAAGAUUCCACUCUGUACUGGCGAAGAGGUGGAUAUGGACCUUUCUCCAAUGGCAGAAUCACCCGUUCUGUGGAUACGUCUCGAUCCGGAAAUGACGCUGUUACGCUCGGUCAACAUCGAACAGCCAGAUUUUCAGUGGCAGUUCCAGCUGCGUCACGAACGCGAUGUUACGGCACAGCUCGAAGCUAUCAAGGCGCUGGAAAAGUAUGCCACGCCUCAGACGCGUCUCGCUCUUACUGACACGAUCGAAAACGAUCGUGUGUUUUAUACGGUACGCUGUCAGGCUGCGAUUUGUCUCACAAAGGUUGCGAACGCGAUGGUCACCUCCUGGCAGGGUCCACCGGCAAUGCUGACAAUCUUUAAAAAGUUUUUCGGCUCGUUCAGUGCGCCGCACAUCAUACGACAGAACAAUUUCACCAACCUGCACCAUUACUUCCUGCAAAAGACGAUACCGGUAGCGAUGGCCGGGUUGCGUACGGCUCAUGGCAUUUGUCCACCGGAGGUAAUUCGGUUUUUGCUGGAUCUGUUCAAGUACAACGACAACUCCAAAAAUCAUUAUUCGGACAAUUAUUACCGGGCGGCACUGGUCGACGCUCUGGGCAACUCAAUCACUCCCGUCAUCUCGGUGGUUCACCAGGGUCGUGCCCUUUCUUCGGAAAGUUUAUCAGCAGAUGCAAAACUAGUGCUUGAAGAAGUCACACGUAUUCUUAAUCUGGAGAAGCAUUUACCAUCGUUCAAAUAUACUGUAUCGAUCGCGUGUCUGAAAGUGAUUCGUAAGCUGCAAAAGUGUGGACAUUUACCAACGAAUCCAAAGAUCUACCGGAGCUAUGCUGCUUACGGUCAAUACAUUGACGUGCGUCUGGCGGCUAUGGAGUGUCUGGUAGAUUACGUGAAGAUUGAUGGCCGCUGGGAGGAUCUUGAGCAUUUGAUGGAGCUGCUCGAAACAGAUCCCGAUCCGAUGGCUAGACAUCAGCUGGGUCGGUAUAUGAUCGAGGCGCUACCUUUCGACAAAUCCAACCGGCAUCGAUUGGAUCGGGAAGCACUUGCAUUACGCAUAUGGGAUAACAUGAACUCGAAAUUAUCGCACGACACGCGCCUUCGGUGUGAUAUGGUCGAUCUCUACUACACCCUGUACGGUGUCCGAAUGCCUGCCUGUCUUGCCAAUCAAGAGUUGGGAGCGAUUUUACGGCCACAGAAAGGAUCGUCAGGUUUCUACUCGGAACGUUCGAGCAGGCGUAACUCUCCAACGGCGGACGAUGCUGCACUUGCACCGUAUGCCGUCAAACGCAACCGUUCCAUGACACCGGAACAACCCGACGUGAAGGAAUCGUUCGAUUUGAUCGAAAUAGGUGACACGAAGGUAAUGAUUCCGCGAAGCCGUGACGGAUCUCCGUUUGAUGAUGCGGAAAGCCGUGCACGGGAGGAGGAAGAUAAUGAGCGGGUAGCGCGGGAAAAUCAGCGUAUCAUCGAAACGGUCGAGGCCAGCAUCAAGAAGGAGGCUGGCGAAUCAAGCCACAAGACGAUCGAUCCGGUAAAGGAGGAAGUUAUCGAUCUGGACGAUACGGAUACACCGUCCAGUGCGCUGGAUAAGGAUCCGCCGGCAAAGAAGAUAAAGGCAGAAUUCUAUUCGGACAAUUCCAUCUCCCUUCCGGGCAUCAGCAUGGGCAGCUCGAAGAGUGCCGGUCCAACCGGCUUCGAACCGGGUAUGUUUGCCAAAACGGGUGUAUUCGGCGAAUCGUCUCCGCAGCCAGAUCUUAAUAGUUCCAAGUCCGAUAGUAGCAAGAAAAAGAAAAAGAAAGACAAAAAGAAACAUAAGCAUAAGCACAAACACAAGCAUAACAAGGAUAAGGAUCGGGAGCGCGACCGAGAUAAGGAUAAGGAACGGGGAGAUCGAGAACGUGAGAAAAGUAAGGAAAAGAAGGACCCCAACAUCGUGCGAGUGGUACGGGAGGAAACACAGGAGACGCUCAGCUCGGCGGAUAGUUCUAGCCGCGACAGCAAUCCAACGACGAUGGAUAUAACACUUUAG